CCUUUCUUACUUGACUACUUAAAAGACGGAUUCACAGCCGUAGCAGAGGCUUUCAACAGUUCGAGUCUACGCGAGAUCAUCUGAUUUUCUCUCAAAUUUAUUGAAGAAAUGGCUCAUUCAGCAAAACCGAUCUCGAGUCCAGUACCUGAUGCGUGGUACCCAACCCUAGCAGUGUUCAUGCUUGCAAUUGGUCUUGUUGUAACUGCUUCAUUCUUCAUCUAUGAAGCUACUUCUCCGAGGAAAUACCGCAGUCUUGCAAAGGAGCUUGUAACAGGGACAGUAGCGUCUGUUUUCUUGGGUUUUGGAUCCUUGUUUUUGCUACUUGCUUCCGGCGUAUAUGUUUGAUCCAUCCACAUGGAUAGAGAUAUGUAGUUUUUUACUAAUGUUUCUACAUGAACGGUUUUGAGUACUGCUGUGAUUUUAUAUGACUUAUCUUAUAACUUAAUGGCAAGCAUUGGAGAACUAGUUGAAAAUUUUCUGAGGUACAAGAAAAUACUUCUUAUGAUCAAUUACUUUAUAGAACAAAAAUGAGUGUAUCCCUUUGUUAUGUUUUUUCUUGAGCCACAGGUUUAUUGGAAA